ACUAUAGGUCUCAGGAUUCAUCAGAAAAUACAGACAAUGUGCUAGCCGUGCAAGCUUCUAAUUUGUUCUCUCUCAAUAUUGUACUAGACACGCCUGGGUUCAUCUAUAGGUCUCCGGAUAAAAACACGAAUAAGAAAAGACGAAUGGACCACCUAACAUAUAAAUUAAUAACAAACCUCCACUAAAAAAGGGAUUUCCGAAAUUUCACCCAAGUGAAGCUGCGGUGGUUUAGCUAGCUUAAAUUAAAUAAUUUAUUAGUACUCAUUGUGUGAUUGUGUGGUCUUUAAGGUUAUCGCUAAGUGCUUAAAUAUAAAUAUGGAUUGCUUAACGCACAGUAUUCUAACAAGCACCGUUUCAUGAUGUUCUGUCUACUUGUGUUGUGCGCAAUAUUAACUAUUGUGGAACCAUACACAAGUCAAUGUCGCACCCGACCACCUUUUUAUGGAGAUCGAUGUCCUGGAGUCACUGUAACUAACCUGGAAAUUAUGUCGGAACCCAUUGAAUGGGAUCUAAUCGCACAGGAAGAACGAUUUGUGCAAUUUUGCCAGGAAAAUGCGCCCGCCAUGAUAGGAGAAAUGUAUAGAAUCGAUAAUUACUAUCUCGUAUAUGAUCUGAUAGAAGCCAGAGAUUCCAAGAUCACAGUUCGAAUAAAACAUAAAUUCUUACAUAUUACAGCUACGGAAAAAUAUGGUAAUCAAGAAAUAAUCUUUCAAGAUGUGAAGGUUCUGCCAGAUAUGGUAAACACAGAUGCUGCUCAGUGGACGUUCAAAAACGGAGAAACCCUGAUAAUCAAAAUUCCUUACAGAGUACCUAUUGGAAAGCAUGAUACUAAAAGUUGUCCAGUUGUAAAUAAAAACGUCAUAGAUGUGCCGCACGCGCCUGAGUCUGAAUUCAACUAUAGUCUUCAGGAUUGGAUAGAAAAUACAUACGACCCAGCCGGUCGUUCCUCUGGAUCCAACUAUGGGUUUCAGGGUUGGUCACAAAAUGGACACAAUCCUCCACCAGGUCGUCCCUCUGGACCCAACUAUGGGUCUCAGGGUUGGUCACAAAAUGGGCACAAUCCUCCACCAGGUCGUCCCUCUGGACCCAACUAUGGGUCUCAGGGUUGGUCACAAAAUGGACACAAUCCUCCACCAGGUCGUCCCUCUGGAUCCAACUAUGGGUCUCACUCUCAGGAUUUGACACAAAAUGUCGAUCCUACCUCUUUAUUUAUCUAUAGAUCUAAGGAUUCGAAAGGAAAUAUACCUUGAAGUGUUUGACUUUGGGCAUUUGGGUCUAUCAUUUUAUUUCUCUACAUUUGUUACAAUAACUUAAUUAUUGAGGAGGCCUUAUCAUUUAUUUAAGCACUAAAUACCUAAUAUAAAGUCAUCGACGUAAUAAAUGUAACGUAUUUUUCAGAUUA